UUUAAAAUCCGUUAGAAUUAUUUCCCCAUUAAAAUGUUUGCCAAAGGAAAGCCCCGCAUCCCGCUUAAUAGUCAGGCCAAAUUUAAGAGUGAAUUGGCUGGCAAUGCUUCGCAGUUAAAACUCAGCUUUCCAACAGCCGCUGAUCUUGUUCGCAAAAAUGGCACCCAACUCAGGCAAACCAAGUUAACUGUCUGCCAGAAGGACAACAAGCUCAAGUACGAAGGAUUUGUGGAUCAAAAACCUCGACCCAAGCAGGAGUUUGUCUAUAUACCGACUCCAAUUGUGAAGGAGAAGCCUCUCAAAGAGGAGAAGGCUCCAACAGGGUUUCCAGGCUCCUUCAUGUCCAAGCCAGGAAGGGAUUUAGUAAGCUUAAUUGGUCGAGUAGACUUCUGCCUUAAAAUGCAUAAAAUGUAUCCCGAGAUGAAUACCAUUUGGAAUGUUUACGGAAAACUACUACGCAUUGAAGGUAAGCGGGGAGAACGAACUCUUUUGGUGCGCAACGAGGGUUCAGGACCCAUCCUACAGGGCAUCUAUCAUGAUUUCGAUGGCAUUCUAAAAUCAUGGACCCCAGGCUGCUACAUCCAUCUGGUGGGUCAUUUCAUUGGCGAGAAUCGUAUGCAAACGUUCAAGAUCGCCCAGGUAAGCGACAUUGACUGGGAUCAGCAAUUUAUGCGGCUAGAGAAUCUAACCACAUAUAUAUUAAUGCAAAACAAUGUGCAUAAGUGAUUUAUU